CUCACCAAAUUAAGAGCCAUUGAUAACGACAACCAAAUAAGACAAAUAAGACUACAUUAUUAAACAUUAAAAUGGAAAAAUGUUUAAAAACCCGUGUUUAAAAAUAUUAAAAACCUGAUAUAAUCAUCAAACUAAGUUAUUUGACAAUUACUUGAUUUAAAAGAAAUAAAAAGUUAAAUAAUUCGGCUACACUUUUAUUUUGAAAAUCUCUAUUGGCACUAACCUGUAGAAUGCGCACUUGCACCGCUACUGCUCAUUCGUGAUUGAAGAAGGAAAGCGGUAAGCCCCUUAGAGUUGCUGCUAAAAAGAUUAAAAUAUGAUAAAAACUAUGAUACUAAAACUUUUCUUCUAACUGUGAAAGGUGUAUUUUUGGACUACUCACAAGCACUGUUCAUCUCUAUGACAAACUGCUUGCUGAAAGGGACUUGGCUAUUAAAGCUUGAUCCAGAACUAAUUGAGAAAUUGUUGGAAAGAGAAAGUCCAACCAAGAAACAAGAUGGCGAGCUAAUCCGGAGAAGAUCCAUCGAACUGUGCCGCACGCAGGAGCGAGAAGCACGCGAGAUUCCCGUUUAACAUCCUUCGACCUGGUAGGAUCUACUAUAUUUUUUUUUGUUGCCCCAGCGGAGGAUUUUCCCCCCUCUGAUCUCAAGGAACAGCAGAAAGACUGGAAAAAAAAAGACAUUGAUACAGAAAAAGGACACUCCUAUCUAUCGGAGCCGUUCAGCCUUUUGCUGAAUUGUUUUGAGUUUACCAUUUUUGUCAAGUUUAUUUUUCUGCAUCUGUCUUUAAUGCUCUAAGUGUUAUUGACUUAAGGUUUUGUUGAUCAACAAAAUUAUACCAUUUGAUGAGAAAUUUUGAAUAUUGAAGAAAUCAAUUGAUUUAAAAAGGAAAAUUAGAAAUCUGAAAAACAAAAACAACCCGGGUUGAUAGAUCCUAAAAAUAAUCAAAAAUAACUGAUUAUAAGAUAGGAGAAAUAAUUGAUAAUAGAUCCUACAAAUAAUCAAAAAUAACUGAUUAUAACAUAGGAAGAGAACUUAAAGGAAAAAUUGACUUAUUCAAUAAGGGAACAAAUUUCCUUUUGUGAAAUUUAUAUAUAUAUUUUUUUCAAUUCUUUGUUAACUGUAUGUCAUUGUAUGUCUAUUGUGUGUUUUUGUUUAUAAAGAAUAGGCCGGCAGUUCAACAACAUAAUUUGUCCGAGUCAUUUAUUUGGUUUGUGCAUAUACUGCUUCAGUAGUCGAACCUAGUACUAGCCAUUGCAUAAUUAAUUGACUGUAAUCACGUCAUAGGUGUUACAGAAACUUGGCGAGCUAGCCAGGAGCAGUACAUAAACCAAAUAAAUCUCCCUGGCCUAGACAUUGAAAUAGACCAAACUAAAAAAAAAAAAAAAAAAAUGGAUACAGUUGACAAAGAAAACGUUAAAAUUCCAAACGCAGUUAUAGUUAGUGGGAUCACUAAUACAGCUGUUGAUGAGGAGUUAACUGACUUCCUGAAUCAGUAUGGGCGAAUUGCUAGAAAAAUCUCAGUCGAUGAACCCCAGUCACCCUUCCACAAAAAUGCCAUUGUGGAAUAUGAGAGCGGAGCUGCCCUGAGAGCUCUUGAGCAUUUACUGCCCCAUUCCCUCGAAUGUUCAAGUGACGUUACUUACCAGAUCAGAGCUCUUUCAACUGAGUAUAUAUCAGCUUUCACAGAUAGCGCCACCAACAGUUUUUUCAGCGAAUUGCAGAAAAUUGCCAAACUCAGUGGCAAAUCUUUUGAAGCUGUCUUGCAUGAGCACCUUUCCAAAUGCGCUCAGUCAGUUGGAAGCAGUGUUGAACCACCUGAAACCUCAAAUUCAACCUCAGAGACACAAAGUGAACCAACAACCACAGAUGAUAGACAACAAUCAGUAAAUGACCAAAUUCAACAUGAAACUAUUCAACCGAUCAGCACAAGCAUAACUUCCAACACUUUUAGGCCAGCUAAUGUACCACAAAGUGUCUCUUCAUCUGGUACACCAACAAGCCUCAUACAUCACCCAGACGUCCAAAAAGUUGUGGUAGAACACAUAGUUCGAAGUGAAGCUCCGAUAUCACAUGCGAAUGCCUCUUUCCGCCUCAAGCAGUUUUCGGGCAAAGUACCCUGUCCUCCACAUGAGGCAGAUUUCGAUACAUGGCGCCAUAGUGUGGAGCUCAUACUUCAAGAUCCUGACUUAUCUGAUUUGCACCGUUCACGCAAAAUUUUGGACAGUCUUGCGCCACCUGCUGCAAAUGUGGUGAAGCCUCUUGGGCCCAAAGCCUUACCAGCUGCUUAUCUUGAACUGCUUACAUCAGCUUUUGGUACAGUUGAAGAUGGCGAAGAGCUUUUUGUCAAAUUCGUAAACACGUUCCAAGACCCAGGCGAAAAGUCCUCACACUAUCUUCAUCGGUUGCAAACAGCUCUAACCAAAGUUUUGAACAGAGGUGGUAUACUAGCUAGUGAAGCUGACAGACACCUUCUACGUCAAUUCUGUCGCGGGUGUUGGGAUAAUGUUCUGUUAGCUGAUCUUCAACUUGAAAAAAUGAAAGAGAAUCCCCCUACUUUCACUAAUCUACUUCUGCAAUUGAGAAUAGAAGAAGAUAAACAAAAUGCAAAAGAAAGUCGGAUGAAAAGCCAUUUUGCUGCUACCAGACCAAAAGUAGCAUCGCAUGCUAUUGCUGAGAAUGAUAGCAUCCCGGAUACCGAUCUUGCUGAAGUGCGAUCACAGAUAACUGAAAUACAAAAGCAACUGACCAAAAUGAAGCCUCAAAAAGAACGCCCACAAGUAGUUCUUCAAAAUGAUGUAGUCACUGAACUAAAAGCACAAAUUGCUGAACUCCAGAGUCAUAUCGCAAGGCUAAAGCCAGAAAGUCAGAAUAAAAGACCAAAUACCAAGACAAAAGCAGAAUCUAAAGGAGCUCAUCAAAAUUCUCCAGCAUCCAAAAAUUUGAAGAGCAGGCCAAAACCUUGGUAUUGCUUCCAGUGCGGUGAAGAUGGUCACAUCAUUUCUUCAUGUUCCAAUGAUCCCAAUCCGUCCUUGGUUGCUGAUAAACGAAAACAACUGAAAGAAAAGCAGUCACUUUGGGACAGGCAAAACAGUCCCAAGCAGACUUUAAACUGAAACCAGCGCUCAUAGCGGGACAGAUGGGCGCUGCACUUGAAACUAGUCCCACUGAACAGCUACGAAAGACCAGAACACAAUUCCAGCGCAACCAACCUGCCACUGCGACAUUACCCAAAGGCCUAAUUGGAGCUAAAUACACAGCACAAGUAAUAAUCAACAAACAAGCUUGCAAUUGCCUACUUGACACCGGAUCACAAGUGACCACAAUAUCUCAAACGUUCUACAAUAGUUAUCUCUCACAUAUGGAAAUCCAUUCAAUAAAUGACCUUCUGGAGGUUGAAGCUGCAAAUGGUGAAAAUGUUCCAUAUGCAGGUUAUAUCAAUGUUGAUAUUACCUUUCCAAAGGACUGCUUUGGAAGUGAAUUCACUGUGUCCUCCCUUGCUUUAAUUGUUCCAGACACACGGUCCAGUGUCCAGUCUUCCCUCUUGAUUGGCACUAACACACUCGACCUUCUCUUCGAAAAUUUUCUUUUGACUAACACAGAUCUCAGUAUCCUUCCACAUGGUUACAGAGUUGUAUUAAGUGUGUUGCAACGAAGACAUAAAACAAAAGAGAACAGCAGCUUUGGUCUUGUCACAUUUUCAAGUAAACACCCUGAAAGGCUUCCUGCUGGACAAAGUCGAGUCUUGGAAGGAAAAAUCCAUGUAGACUUUGAGAACCCAGGCAAGUGGGUCGUGGUCGAGUCUCCCUCCGCAUCUUCCUUGCCUGGUGGUGUCAUAGUCACCAAUUGUCUACUUAAACUUCCUGAUAAAUGCUCACAAAAACUUGCAGUAGUUCUGCGAAAUGAAAGUAAACAUGAUGUGUUUAUCCCGGCAAAAAGUGUUGUGGCUGAAAUUCAUGCUGUUCAAGAAGUAAUGAAACCCAAGCAGAAAUCCAGCUCAAAUUCCACUACU